AGUCCUGGCAGCGGGGCUUGUACCCGGCGGAGCCUGGGGCAUGCGACGCGGGGGCGCGGCCCGGUGACGCCGCGGGCGGGGACCUUGCGCCCCGGCGGCCGACGCGCUGCUGCGGGCCGUGGGCAGCGCGGGGACCCGGACGCACCGGGACGCGGCCAUGGAGGAGGACGCGGGAGCUGCCGGCCCAGCGCCGGAGCCCGAACCCGAAGUGGAGCCGGGUCGGGAGCCCGAGCCGGAGGCCGGCACGUCCGAGGCGUUCUCCCGCCUCUGGGCCGACGUGAUGGGCAUCCUGGAUGGCUCCCUGGGCAACAUUGAUGACCUGGCACAGCAGUACGCAGACUAUUACAAUACCUGCUUCUCUGAUGUCUGCGAGCGGAUGGAGGAGCUUCGGAAACGGCGUGUCUCCCAGGACCUUGAUGUGGAGAAACCCGAUGCCAGCCCCACAUCACUUCAGCUGCGGUCCCAGAUCGAAGAGUCCCUAGGCUUCUGCAGCGCCGUGUCAACGCCAGAAGUGGAAAGAAAGUAUCCCCUCCAUAAGUCGAACUCAGAAGACGGCUGUGUAGGCAAAGGCGAUUGGAAGAAGAAAAACAAGUACUUCUGGCAGAAUUUUCGAAAGAACCAGAAAGGAGUAAUGAGGCAGACCUCCAAAGGAGAAGAUGUGGGCUACGUGGCCAGUGAGAUCACGAUGAGCGACGAGGAGCGCAUUCAGCUGAUGAUGAUGGUCAAGGAAAAAAUGAUCACCAUUGAAGAAGCGCUUGCUAGGCUGAAGGAGUACGAGGCCCAGCACCGGCACUCAGCGGCCUUGGAUCCUGCAGACUGGCCUGAUGGCUCCUACCCGACACUGGAUGGCUCCUCCACCUGCAACUCAAGAGAACAAUCGGAUGAUGAGACCGAGGAGUCGGUGAAGUUUAAGAGGUUACACAAGCUGGUAAACUCCACUCGAAGAGUCAGAAAGAAACUAAUUAGGGUGGAAGAAAUGAAAAAGCCCAGCACGGAAGGUGGAGAGGAACAUGUGUUUGGGAAUUCACCAGUCCUGGAUGAAAGAUCUGCGCUCUACUCCGGAGUGCACAAAAAGCCAUUUUUCUAUGAUGGCUCUCCUGAGAAACCUCCAGAAGAUGAUUCAGACUCCCUCACCCCAUCUCCGUCAUCCAGCAGCCUGGAUACCUGGGGAGCUGGCCGGAAGUUGGUCAAAACCUUCAGCAAGGGAGAGAGCCGGGGCCUGAUUAAGCCCCCUAAGAAGAUGGGGACAUUCUUCUCGUAUCCAGAAGAAGAAAAGGCCCAGAAAGUGUCCCGCUCCCUCACCGAGGGGGAAAUGAAGAAAGGCCUUGGGUCUCUGAGUCACGGGGUAAGUACCGAUGGAGUUUUCUUCUAUGAUAACCAUCGGCGCAGGCACCACUUUCUGGUGUCCCUGGAGGAGGUUCAGAGUAUCCGUAAACAAAUCCGCUUGAAGAAAACGGAUGCUAAUUACUCCUGUUCCAGAACUUUUCUCUGCCAGCGUCCCUCCAGAAAAGGAGUGAAUGGCACCACCUGUGACCUGCUGCCCCGGCCAAAACCCAAGGGGGGCGGCAGCUGUGGCUUCCCUGGCAGGAGGGGCCGGGGGCGCACCUCGGUCAGCGAGUUCAAUAUCACCUACGUGGUGGAGCGGAGUCUCUACAGCCAUCUGAACCUGACCCAGCUCGUGCGUCCUGCCUCAGAAAGGACGCUGAGCAAGGCCGAGAAGCAGGACCUGAGGCGGUGCUUGCUGGAGGAGGAUGAGGAGGCAAAGAGGAAGUGGGCUGCCACGGUGGACCGCUGUACUAAAAGGGUUCUCUUGAGAAUCCACCAGAAGUCCAGAACUUGCAGUUUUGGUGGAUUCGACCUGACAAAUCGUUCUCUGCAUGUUGGCAGUAAUAAUUCCGACCCUCUGAGUAAAGAGGGAGAUUUUGUGUACAAAGAAGUAAUCAAAUCGCCCACUGCCUCGCGCAUCUCUCUGGGGAAAAAGGUGAAGUCGGUGAAAGAGACCAUGAGGAAGCGGAUGUCGAAGAAGUACAGCAGCCCUGUCUCAGAGCAGGACUCGGGCCUUGAUGGAAUGCCUGGCUCCCCCGCCUCAGUAAAGCCUGACUCUGAACACGCAGACAAGCCCAAGCUCAAAGCCGGAGGCUCUGUAGAAAGCCUUCGGAGUUCUCUGAGUGGCCAGAGCUCAAUGAGUGGCCAGACUGUGAGCACCACCGAUUCCUCCACCAGCAACAGGGAGAGCGUCAAGUCAGAAGAUGGCGAUGAUGAAGAACCACCCUACCGAGGUCCCUUCUGUGGGCGUGCCCGCGUGCACACCGACUUCACCCCCAGCCCCUACGACACAGACUCUCUGAAGCUCAAGAAAGGAGAUAUCAUUGACAUAAUCAGCAAACCACCCAUGGGUACGUGGAUGGGCCUGUUGAACAACAAAGUCGGCACAUUCAAGUUCAUCUAUGUGGAUGUGCUAAAUGAGGAAGAGGAGAAGCCCAAGCGCCCUACCAGGAGGAGGAGGAAGGGCAGACCACCGCAGCCAAAGUCCGUGGAGGAUCUCCUGGAUCGGAUCAACCUGAAAGAGCACAUGCCCACCUUCCUGUUCAAUGGCUAUGAAGACCUGGACACCUUCAAGCUCCUGGAGGAGGAAGACCUGGACGAGUUAAAUAUCAGGGACCCAGAGCACAGAGCGGUUCUCCUGACGGCAGUGGAGCUGCUACAGGAGUAUGACAGUAACAGUGACCAGUCGGGGUCCCAGGAGAAGCUGCUGGUGGACAGCCAGGGCCUGAGCGGAUGUUCCCCACGAGACUCCGGAUGCUAUGAGAGCAGCGAGAACUUGGAAAAUGGCAAAACUCAAAAACCCAGCGUUCUGCCCGCCAAGUCAUCCACGGAGUCCAACUUAAAGUCUUUCAACAGGAGUCAGCCAGGCAACUACCCGACAUUGCCUCUAACUAAACCAGCGGAGGUGCGGAAGCCAGGAGAGGAGGGCGGGCUGGGACGAGGCCUAGCCCCGGACACCGCCAAGCGCUGUGGCGUGCCCUGUGUGACUAGUUUGAGUAAAAACCGAAGAAGCCUCCCGGUCUCCAUUUGUCGCAGCUGUGAAACCCUGGAGGGUCCUGAGCCAGUGGAAAGCUGGCCCCGAUCCCACUCCCUGGAUGACCUUCAGGGAGAGGCUGAUGCUGGCAAGGAUGUGCCUAGUGAGGUGCUGGAAACGUGCCCUCAGAAUGUACCAGAAGUGCCACAGAAGACAUCUGCCUGCACCUCCGAGGCUCUGUCCCGAGGCCGAGAUCCCACUGCUGAAGAUGUGACGCUUCUGACCCAAAGCAAGAGAUUUUCUGACCCCCCGAAAACAAUGGCCAAGAAGCCGGAUGGCUCCGCUGUGAUCUCCAAACUUGGCGUGUCGCCUCCUCAGUGUGUCCCCAGAAAUUUCGAGGCUCAGCCUCCAGUUAAACCCAGCUUAACAAGGACGUCUCUUGAGGGUCACAGAAAAGGACAUGACCACCACCCCCUGGGCACCAAAGAAGGGGGAGAUGGGGAGCAGAGCGCCCCCGAGACCAGGACACAGCCCAGGCAUCCAUCGCAGCCCCCGCCUGUGCCCGCCAAGAAGAGCCGAGAGCGCCUGGCCAAUGGCCUGCCCCUGGUCCCCAACCUGGAGGCCCCCGUGCUGCCCCUGAAGAAGGCCAGCCCCGCGAGUCCCUGCGACUGCCCCUCCCCCCGGGAGCCCAGGCCUCCCUUGGGGACCGAGCCGGGCAGCCCAGUCUGCACUAGACCCCCGCCCUGGCUGGCGGAGCUGCCUGAGAGCACCAGCCUGCAGGGCCAUGGUGUGAAGCUGGGCCCAGCGCUAAGCAGGAAGGUCUCCUGUGCCCGGGGUGUGGACCUGGAGAUGCUCACGGAGAACAAGCUCCAGGCCGAGGGCAUCGACCUCACCGAGGAGCCCUAUUCUGAUAAGCAUGGCCGUUGUGGGAUCCCUGAGGCCCUGGUACAGCGAUACGCGGAGGACCUAGAGCAGCCUGAGAGGGAUGUUGCCACCAACAUGGACCAGAUCCGGGUGAAGCUGCUUCGGAAGCAGCAUCGAAUGGCGAUCCCAAGUGGUGGGCUCACAGAAAUCUGCAGGAAACCCCUCUCUCCGGGAUGUGUUGCGUCUGUGUCGGAUUGGCUCGUUUCCAUUGGCCUGCCCAUGUACACCAGCACGCUUUCUGACGCAGGGUUCAGCGCGUUGAGCCAAGUGCCUUCCCUGUCCCACACUUGCCUUCAGCAGGCCGGCAUCACAGAGGAGCGUCACAUACGGAAGCUCAUCUCCGCAGCCAGACUAUUCAAACUGCCCCCGAGCCCUGAGGCCAUGUAGCAGGCCUGCCGUGGCCCUCCCUGGACAAGAGCCAGCCUUUCACUGUGCUUAGGAAGCUGAUACAAUCCCUCCCUAUCUGCUGGGGUUGACCUGAUCUGGAAGAAAGGUCCCCACAUGGGGCUCACAAAUUGCAGGAUUAGGACACGGAGCCGAGGACCCUAUCCUGGAAAGUUCCCCGCGCCCUCGAGGAAACCAGUGUGGUUCUCUUUGAUGCCCACAGGCAAGACCAGCGCUUAGUCUUGCUUUCAGACACAGAAGAGCCAAGAUGUCAACGCACAGCAAACCCUGUGCGUCCACUCUGUCUCCGUGCCGGCAGAGGGCUAGAAGAAGAGGACAAGGCAGCCUGCUCGCGUCUCAUCGUGCCCUCGCCCAUCUGUUGGUCACCCUGCUGGAUGCCCGAGCCCACCGGGCUUAGCUAGGCCAAAGCAACAGACUCUGGAGUUACUGUAUACUAUUGACUGUGCUCAUGAGUUCAGACGCCGGACCAGCUGGCUACAGCAAGAACACAACAGUCCUCCUCUCCUGUAGAUAAACAAGAGACAUUUUAAUUGCUUUCUAGCAAUUAGCUUUUAUUUGCCUUAAUAUAAACUUUUAACCAGUUAUCUAUCUAGUGUCUGCAACCCUUAACCCUAGUCCCAAAAUUCUUCAGCUUAGACUGCCAUCUAACUAUUUGGGAUGUUUCCACAGAAAUAGCCUUUUUUUUUUUAACAGUCUCGUUCUAACAUGGCUUAUUUUAUAGGAGUGACCACCAGGCACACAUUUCACAUUGACUCUUAGUUUUUAAACUAACUACAAACUCAGUAAAGGUUGAUCUGGAUUCCCGGUGGGGCUUGUGUAGUAACUGCCCUUCGUUCUACUCACUUCACUGAGCGGCCAUCAUGGCGGCCACAGUUGGAGAAUCCCGGCCACAUCCAUUCCAAAACCCAUCCAUCAGCUAACGGAUCACCUUUGUAGAAAGUCAUUGUAAUGUUGCAUAUCUCAGAAAGAUUUUUUUUUCUAAAAAGGGAAGUAGUUUACAAAACUCAGUUCUUUAAAGUUUUUGUUUGUUUGUUUGUUUUACUUUUUGGUUUUUUUUUUUCUUUUUUGGCCAGUUCUAGAAUUAUUAUUAUCUUUAUCUUUCAUCUGUUACUUAAUUAUUUUAAUUCAAGCAGAGGUUCAUUUGAAGCCAGACAAACCACAUUAGCUGUGUGCUAAAUAUUGCAUAUUUUCAACUGUUUUUCCAAUUGUGAUUUCUAUAAUCUGUUCUCUUUUUGUCUAGUGUCUAGUUUUCUAGCAACUAGCAAAUGCAGGCAGGUACACAGGCUCCUUUGCUUACAGUGUGGCUUUUCUUAGAAGCAUUGUGCGAGGUCUCAAGUUACCAUGAAAGCACUUUGAACACAAGGCCUGGAUUCGUCCUCUGAUAUUUUAUUGGGUUAUUGAAACACGAUUUCCCUCAGGAGAGAAGGGCAAGUGAUUUUAUUAAUAACCAAGCCAUCCUGACCAUAUGCUUGAUAUCGCUGGAUCCAUGUCUCUGAGGAAAUGAACUUUCUCAGGCGAUCCCCCCCAUUUUAGUGUUCAUUGAAAACAAUAACAAUAAUAUGGUCGAUUCCAUUCGCCUUCUAUAGGAUGCCGUGUGAAGAAGUUGAGGCAAUUUAGAAUAAAAGGUAAAUCCACCAGAUGCCUGCUGGUCUCUUUAAAAGAGCUCACGGUUGCCUCCUGGGUCGUGGCAUAGCCCGCCUAGUGGGUGUGGAUACAGGGUUGUCAGCGCUUCUGCAUGCUUCUGUGGGGUUGGAAUUGGAAAACAGGCUUCUCCUCUUGCCUUUGACGUAACCCUGGCCUGACAUUGCGACAGACUCUGCCCAUGAUUCUAUCUGAGCAAAGAGACCACACAGGAGCCACAUUAGAGGUAACAAGGGAGAAGGAGAAAUCUUGUGUGAAUUUGCAAGUUUCAGUUCCUUCUCAGUGUAGACCAAACUAGAACCAGAGGUCUCGAGAAUGCCAAACACUAUUUUUUUGUCACUUUGGAAAUCAUUGCCUUUGCAUGGAAAAUUCAGGGACCAUGAAUUUAGUGUGAAUGUCUGAUCUGAAGGGGCUGAGGUUGUCCUCUUUCUUUCUUUCUCUCUCUUUCUUUCUUUCUUUCUCUCUUUCUUUCUUUCUUUCUUUCUUUCUUUUACUUUCUUUCUAUCUUUAGUGUUUGUUUGGUUUUCUUUUGCUUUGAGCGUCUCAUUUGGUCUGAAAAAAGCCUGAAUGUUGGUGUGUGGCACUGAGGUGACGUGGGGCUGCCUGUGGCUGGUGGCCAGGUGGCAGGCUUUAGCAAUAUACAGUUUUGAUCAGUUGCAUUUGGUACAGAAUUUUGAGUGACGGUGAAAAAUUGUUGUCUUUGGAAAGCACAAAAGAAACCUGGAAAGGCGUUUCGGCUCAGGUAGCUCCCCAGAAUGUGUGCGAUUUGUAUGUCACAGCUGUCUGCAGAGAAAGCAGCUGCCCAAACUACUAUUUACAUUCCCAAUAACGAGAGCAACUAGCUUUUCAUGGCCUUGCAUAUUUGGGGGCCCUUUUCUCUGUCCUGACCCGGGUGUGGAUGAAAUUGAAAAUGCUUCCUCUGUGAGAAGUGACUGCCCGACACAGCAUCGCGUGCUCACAGCUGCAGCAGAACAGAAGUGGAUUCCGCAUCACUGCUGUGGGAGGACUGAGUAAGGGUCCAGAAAAGUCUAACUGUCUUGAGUCCAAGUUAUCUUGAUUUUUAAAUUGAUAGAAAAAAUAAACAAACUGUCGAGCAAAGUUAUAUGGCACCUGACAGCAUUGCACUUUCUGUAUAUGAAAUCAGUAUUUAAAUAACUUAUUUUUCUCCAUCGCUGUUCUUAAACAUUGUAAGUAGCUGUAAUAUACCAAUACCAAUACGUUCUUGCAAUUGCUUCAGCCCAAGAAAGCUGUGUAUUGUUUUAAAAUUAUAAAAAAAAAAAUUGUGAUGAUCCAUUUAGAAAAAUGAAAGGUGGACAGAAGGGUUUUCCUGUGUAGCAGACCUUGUCUAUAAUUAUGUCAUCUAUGUACCUAGGAGAAAAAGUAAAUAAAUUUCUUCAGUCAGA